UGGAUCUGUUCUGCUGUAUUGGCGUUCUUCAUUGCGUGUGAAAUUGGUUAAUUAUUACUUACAAUGGAGGUUUUGAUGUAGGAACGGGAUGCGCAUGGGAUGCGACGGGCGAUAUUUGUCUUGGCUGACAGGCUUCGUUCAACAAACAACUUGUUUGCUGGUGGAAAGAGAAGGGAGGAUAUCGACGCCAGAUGAGCUCGUUUCGUGGAGGACCCAACACGACAGAUACUCUUGGUGUACCACCUAAAGUCACCUACCAAGGAUGGGUUCCAAGGCUAUUGAGCUUGAGCGUUGAUCGACCAGCACACAAUUCUCACUCAACUCCCACCACAAGCGAUGGCGACUGUAACACUGAAUGUAUCAGGGAAGAAGUUCACGAUCGGUAAAACUAUUUUACAACGCUUUCCAGACACAAUACUUGGACGGCUAACCAUCGAGAGCCCGCAUUAUGAUCCGACUUCUGAUGAGUUCUUCUUUGACCGUAAUCCUAAAAUGGUUCUUCCAAUGCUUGAUCUGUAUCGGACUGGAGAGCUUCAUCUACCGUCGAAUUUGUGUACAUUUACCAUUAAGAACGAACUCAGGUUUUGGGAGCUAAAGGAGGAUCUUAUUUCGGAAUGUUGCUGGAAAAAGUAUGUUGCUGCCGUUGAAGACAUGAAGGCUGUUGACAUCAUCGAGAAAUCAUUAUAUGAUCAUCUGUCCGAAAAACCGUCGACUUUGAACGCAAAACAUAAGAUCUGGAUGACGUUAGAGUACCCGUCGUGCACUGUGAUGUCCAAGUUGUGGUUCAGCCUCUAUAUAAUAAUGGUGACAGUGGCCGUCGUCACAGCAUGUCUCAGCAUGUCCCCGGAAAUGCGCAUCCCCAUGGAGCAUCUAGACCCGAACUGGAACAGCACCUCCGUCUUGGACAUGCUCCUGAACACGGAAAUGAACACCGAAAUCUACGUCAUUGACCUCAUUUGUCUUCUCUUCUUUACCUUUGAACUUAUAGUCCGGUUUCUGCUUAGUCCUUCGAAGCGAUCGUUCUUCAAGUGUUUUCUCAACGCUAUGGACAUCCUAUUAACAUUCGUAAUGUGGUGCUCAGUUAUACUGGAUCACGUGCCAGCUAUUGAGCAUGCGCAAGUUGGCCACACCGUCCUGAGGGCGUUGUUUUGUCUGAACAUUCUCAGAGUGUUCCACUUAGGUAAAACAUCGAAAGGAGUCAAGUUACUAUUGUUCACGCUGUCGGCGAGUAUGGAAGCUUUCGGUCUCCUACUGGUUUCCAUGACAAUGGCUGUCGUUAUUUACGCAACUCUUGUUUACUUCGCGGAAGUUGCGACGAACUCGGACGCGUUCGAGAACAUCCCGAUUGCGGUGUGGUGGGCAGUUGUUACGAUGACAACUGUAGGAUAUGGCGAUUACUACCCCAAGUCAUGGACGGGAUACAUUGUGGGUAUUAUGUGUGCAUUAUCUGGCAUCUUACUGCUAGCUUUACCCAUCGCUAUCAUUGCAUCGAAUUUUAACACUUUUUACUCUAACCUAUCGUCAGCAGAGCAAAGGCUUCGUCGUAAAAGACUACAACACUCUGAAGGGCGGACUGAUGACACAGAAAAGUACUUAGACGGACAACACAAGUGACCACAGUCUCACACAUACCAAUGUUUUAUAAUGGUACAAGUGUUCUUUUUGUCUGUUUGUUUGUUGUUCAACACUGCACCUACCAAUAUUCCAGCUAUAUGACGGUGGCCUCUACAUAAUCGAGUGUGGAUCAGAUAAUCCAGUGAUUGACAUUAUGAGCAACGAUCCACGCAGUCGGAGUACGAUGACACGCCAUGAACCAAGUGACUGAAUUUAACCACUCGAUCUAUCUAUCCUCUUAUGACCAGCAUCCUGUGAAUCUGUUUUAACCAGGAAUGUCAAUGAGGCUUGUUUUGAUGAUCAAGGAGGCAUUAAAAGCAUAGGUUUUGCAAGAAUACAAACAAUCUACAGCGUUCACUGAGUCCGUGUAUCGCAAGUGUACAACACUUUACAGCAUUUACUAGUUCAGGUUUUGCAAAUGUUCAUCACUCUACAAUUUUUACUGAGUUAAGGUUUCGCAAGCGUACAACACUCUACAGCGUUUACUGAGUUUAUGUUUUACAAGUGAACACCUGUCUAAAGUGAGUGAGUGAGUGAGUUGGGUUUAACGCCGCUUUUAACAGUAUUCCAGUUAUAUCGCGGCGUGUCAGCUUAAUGUGGGAGGAAAGCCCGAAGUGAUGCAG